AGAGAGAGAGUCAUAUGACAGGCAGGAGGGGUGUGCUCACUAUCUAAACACUUUCCUCUACGUCUACAAUGAGCUUUCUAAGACACCACCGAGUACUUUUUACCUGAGGAUUGUAUCGCCUCGUGACCUCGCGACAACUUCAAUGCCUGAGAGAAAGAGUUUGCAAACAAAAUGAUCGAAUCUUGUGAUGAAUCACAUGUAGAAGGGAAAUGUAAACCCCAUCUUGACAGUAAUGGACCCGGUGGGAAGUUUAAGGGAAUGAAGUGCACCGUCUCUGCGGGGAAUAACGGCAUCUGUCGGUCCGUCGCACCUGUGAGCUCACCUGAGUCUGCCUGCGCGCGCAUCUCGCUGCCGGGAGUGAUGGACGCAGAGGGGCGAGUGGACGAAUCCAGGCUCAGGAUGCAUACAUUUAAAAACGGUGGUGUGUCACCUGAUGAACGCGGUCUGGUAUGGCGUUUUCUGUUUGGCAUGUACCCCUGUAGCUCUACGACUCUGGAGCGCCCCCUGCUGCUGGAGCAGAUGACGGUGCGCUAUCAGGUCAUGAAGAGGAAGUGGCAACAGCUGCUUCCUGGAGCCGUUCGUCUGCGUCUUAAUGGCACUGAUGCUGAACUGUUGACAGCAGUGAAGUUUUUCGACCAAAGGCAGGACAGAGAGCAGAAAAAACAGCAGUAUGAGUCAGAAGAGGCCAGAGAGAAGAUGUCCUUUCUGCAGCUGCAGGCUCAGGUGCUAUUUGAACGGGUAACCUUUGACCUGGAAGAGCUUCAGGAGGCCAUACGCAUCAUUGACAAAGAUGUUCCCCGAACCGAUCGAGAUCUUCCAUACUACCGGAAUGAAGGUUUGGGUAACCUGCUUGUCUUGAGAGAUAUCCUAAUCACAUAUGCUGCUUUUCACCCAGAAGUAAGCUACGCUCAGGGUAUGAAUGAUUUGUGCAGUCGCUUUCUGGAGGUACUGCACUCAGAAGUGGACACCUACUGGAGCUUCUCCUGCUACAUGGAGAAGUUUUCCAAAGACUUCUGCGCUGAUGGACUGUAUCGCAAAAUGGAGUUGGAAGCUGCUUUACUGAAAGAGCUGGAUCCUCAGCUACACUCUCAUCUGGUCACAGACAACAUGGAAAAAAUCACUUUUUGUCACAGGUGGCUUCUGCUGGCUUUCCAGCGGGAGUUUGAGCACAGCGAUGCCCUGCGUCUGUUUGAGAUUCUCAGCUGUGAUCACCUGGAGCUCAUCUCACAGCAGGUGGAUCGGGCUCGAUAUCAGGAGAGACUGGCACGCAAAUACAGCCUGGAGGAUGAACCUGUGACGGACCUCCAGGCCAUAAACACAGACUUCACUUUUGAACUCUUCAUGUGCGCCACCAUCCUUCUGGAGAACAGAGAAGCUUUACUCAGCUGCAGGAACGAGGUUCAGCUCAUACAGUUUACCAGCAGUCUGCAGGGCAAGAUGGACCUGAACAGCACCCUGAAAAAAACUGAGGAACAUUUUUACAACUACUGCAAACGCUCGGCCUGGGACUAUUUGAGCAGUCGCUGUCGCAUCCGCAAGAGCAAAGAGGACCACUUUUUAUAUCAACUCCGUAACCUUUUCUCCUGAGACUGGAAGGCCUGCAUAGAAUUUUACAGAAAUCGGUUUUGUUGACAGAAACUGUUAACAGGAUGUUCCAGCUGGACUUUCAUUUUAUUCUAAAGAAUGAUGCUGCUUUUAACCAGGACUUUGUACAGGAACCAGAUGGACUCCUUCCAGAGAGUUCCUUAGUAUUUGAUCUUAAUUUAUAAAGCUUCUAUUAUAGUGCCAGAAUUUAUGUGAGAACAGCUCAAAAAGCUUAUUUAAUCAGUCUAAGAUAAUCAAAUAAGAAUUUUAUGUAUUUUACCCUGACUGUGCUUGAAAACGCAAGGAGUAUUUGGGAAUUUACAGAUAUCCGAUAGUACUGAAGACUUGAUUAAAGGAAUAGUUCACCCAAAAAUGGACAUUUAAAGUGUACUCACCCUCAGGCAUUCAAGAUGUAGAUCAGAUUGUUUCUGCACCACAACAGAUUUGGGGAAAUGUAACAUUACACUUGCUCACCAACGGAUCCUCUGCAGUGAAUGGGUGCCGUCAGAAUGAGAGUCCAAACUGCUGAUAAAACCAUUGCAACAAUCCACACACUCCACUCAAUCAUUUAGUGAAGUGAAAACUGUGUGUUUGUAAGAAACAGACCUAUAAUUAAGGCAUUUCAACUUUAAACCACUCCAAAUUUCUCAAUUUCUCCAAAUCUAUUCCCACAGACACAAACAUCAUGGAUUGCAAGAGGACGAGUACAUUUUCAGCUAAUUUAAGCAAAUUUACUACAGAGAUGCUAUAAGGUGAAGGAUGCAAUGUCAAAAUUCAGGAUUUUUAUAGUGCGCUACAGCUGAGAAAACAGAAAGCCGAAAUCCUUACUGCUGAUCUAAGCGAGAUAUAUGACUUGUAAGUAUUAUUCAGUCUCAGAAACAUCUGGUGCCUGCGUAUUGGUCACAUUAGAGCACAAUAUAAUAAUAGAAACACAGUCUCAGUUCUGAGAAGGUCUAGAAGACCCGCUGUGGUGUUGUCUUACCAAUCGUAGAGUGCUCAAGUACGUACUGAACAGAAAUAGCACAUUGAACCAGGAGACCUUUCACUUUGAGACCACACUGCAUUAUUUAAGAGGCACAUAUAUAUAUAUAUGAGUAUGGACUAUUGCACAUUUGGUUAUUGUUUAUUAAAAACUGACACAGUAUCACACAGUUAGUGAGGGUGUGCUGUUCAAGUUGUUUUUUAAUAUGCAAUGACUGAUCAACAUUUUUGGGGAAU